GAGCUGAUCAGCAGCAGCCAGCCGCCGGCGAGCUGUGCCGUUCUUGAUCACCGAGGCGAUGGCGGCGGCGGCGGCGGUGCUGCUUGCGGUGGCGUGCGCCGCGGCGGCGAUGAUCGCCGGCGGCGAGUGCGGGAGGGUGGUGCACGUGGGGGAGGAGCACCGGAGGAGCAUGCUCGCCAAUGGCCUCGCCACGGCUCCUCCCAUGGGCUGGAACAGCUGGAAUCACUUCGCCUGCGACGGCAACGGAGAAGACGUCAUCAGGGAGACUGCUGAUGCACUUGUGUCAACCGGGCUUGCAGCUGCUGGCUACAAAUACGUCAACAUCGAUGAUUGCUGGGCAGAGCCACAACGUGAUUCGAAGGGUAAUCUUGUGGCCAACAAAAAGACAUUCCCCCACGGGAUCAAGGCGCUCGCCGAUUAUGUUCACAGCAAGGGGCUCAAGCUAGGCAUUUACUCCGAUGCAGGAUUCAAGACGUGUGCGAAGGUUCAGCCGGGGUCUCUCGGCCACGAGGAGCAGGACGCCAAGACAUUCGCAUCGUGGGGAGUGGACUACCUCAAGUAUGAUAACUGCAACAAUGGCGACCUGAAGCCACUGGAGAGGUACCCGGAGAUGAGCAAGGCUCUGAUGAUGGCCGGCCGGCCGAUCUACUUCUCGCUGUGCGAAUGGGGCGACAUGCACCCGGCGAAGUGGGGCGCGGCGUACGGCAACAGCUGGAGAACCACCAACGACAUCGCGGACACCUGGGAGAGCAUGGUGUCGAGGGCGGAUGAGAACGAGGUGUGGGCGGACUACGCGCGACCUGGCGGCUGGAACGACCCGGACAUGCUGGAGGUUGGCAAUGGCGGGAUGACCAACGACGAGUACAUCGUCCAUUUCAGCCUCUGGGCCAUCUCCAAGGCUCCUCUGAUCAUCGGGUGCGACGUGAGGCACAUGUCGCAGGAGACGUACGACAUCCUGGCCAACAAGGAGGUCAUCGCCGUCAACCAAGAUGCUCUGGGCAUCCAGGGGAAGAAGGUGAGGAUGGAGGGCAGCAGCGAGGUGUGGGCGGCGCCGCUGUCGGGUUACAGGACGGCGGUGCUGCUGCUGAACCGGCACGCGGCGGAGGCGGCGGCGAUCACCGCGCACUGGGACGACGUCGGCCUCCCCGCCGGCACCGCCGUCGAGGCCAGGGACCUGUGGCGGCACGCGACGGUGGCCGGCGCCGGCGGCGAGUUGACGGAGAAGAUCACCCUCGACGUGGCGCCGCACUCGUGCAGGAUGCUCCUGCUCAAGCCCCUCAUCUCGUCCCGGGCCAACUGAGACGAGCGAGCGAGCGAGCGAGCUCGCCGCCGGCGAGCAGGGCUCUCCGGGCGUCCUCGCCGUGACAUUUUUUUUUUGAUAAUGGAAUAAAUAUCCCUGCCUUUGCUCAUUAGAGCUACAGCCAAUUAUUACAAGGAAUCACACAAACAACGAGUAAAGUUCAAAUAAAAUUAAACACACCCAACGAUAAAAAAACCAAGCCAAGAAAAGGAGCACACAUUUAUUCAAGUCUAUUUGUGAAUCUCA